GAUGUCAACAUUACAAUCCUUUUGAGCUUGGACUCUACCCUUAUAUGAGUAUCAAUAAUCAAAUAUCUCAUUUACCAAUGACUCAUUUGAGCUGAAAUAGUGAAAUGUGUCUGGGCUCAAAGUAUAACACAGCCCAUGAUUUGAGUUAGUUUCUCACUUCUCAUUGCAAACGACACCGUUUGAUCUUUGCCGUUACGAACCCAGAUCCAUUCCAUCAAGUCAUCAAAUCAGAGCAAAAGCAAGAAAGAGCAAGGCAGAUUGACGGAAACACUCUAGGCGAGGAAAUAUGGCAGGAAGACUGAGCAACUUUGCUUCACGGAUCAUGGGAGGGAACGGCGUCGUGAUGCGGUCCGCCGCCGCCUCCCUCCGCAGCCGCGCCGGGAUGGGACUCCCCGUCGGCAGACACAUCGUCCCCGAUAAACCACUGGCGGUAAAUGACGAAUUGGUUUGGGACAACGGUACCAACCUUCCAGAGCCUUGUAUCGAUCGAAUUGCUGAUACUGUUGGAAAGUACGAAGCUUUGGCUUGGUUGUGUGGAGGUUUGAGCUUCUUUGCGUCAUUGGGGUUAAUGGCUGUGUGGAAUGACAAAGCAUCUAAGAUACCCUUUGCACCAAAAGUAUACCCGUAUAACAAUCUUCAAGAGGAGCUUGGCGAUCAAGAUCGAUAGGUUACUACAUUGGUGCGCGCAAGGGACUUGUACUAUUGUGCCAACACCUUUUGAAUGUUGGGAAUGGUUGGAAAUAAUUGGCUGUAGCUGAAGUUUAGCAUCAACCUGACCAUCAGCAUUGUUCAAUGCUUCUCUAAAUUGUCUUUGUUUCACAAUAUCAGAUGUUGCAUAAGGUUUAGAUGUUCCGCACUUUGGUGUGGGACAGAUACCAGUACGCUUCAUCUUUCUUAUUUUUUGAACGUUGGCUUGGCUUCCUCUUGUUCAUCAAAAUCUUUUUAUGAUCAAUGUGAAAUGAGUAACCAUUUCCUCUCCUCUGCCACUCAUGUCAAUGCAGCGUUUCUGAAGUCAUAGAUAGUACCACAUCAAUUUCGCUUAUUUUGUACUAGCGUGGGCCCGGCCAUUUGGCCGGAGGAAGGUGAGGUAUGAAAUUUGAUAAUGUAAUAGCGUGGGCCCGGCCAUUUGGCCGGAGGAAGGUGAGGUAUGAAAUUUGAUAAUGUAAUGGGGUGUAUAGCUUAUUGUUGUAUAGUUUUAUUUGGAGAACUCGUGAUAAAAAUAGUGAAUUUUAGUAGGAUAGAGACAUGAAUGAUGCAACGAAUAAAAAAUCAGCUUUAUG